ACAAGCUUCUCAUUCAUUCCAUCAAUAGUCUUUGUUUCAUAGUUAAACAAAGAGAACUUAAAUGGCAUCUUCUUCUUCAUCCCCUUCAAUGCUCGUGAGCAUCACGACCUCACUCCUUUUGGUGAUGAUCUUGUUCUCGGGCAGUUCAUUGGCGUCGCUUUCAACUGAUUACUACUACAAAACAUGUCCCAAUGUUUUUGAAGCCGUCAACUCUGUAGUCAAAUCCGCAAUCGCCAAGGAAAGGCGCAUUGGAGCUUCCCUCCUUCGCCUCCACUUCCACGAUUGCUUCGUAAAUGGUUGUGACGGUUCCAUACUACUCGACGACACCCCUUCAUCCAGAGGCGAGAAGACAGCAGCCCCAAACAACAGAUCUGUCCGAGGAUUCAAUGUUGUUGACGAUAUCAAGUCAAAGGUGGAGAGUGUUUGUCCCGGCGUGGUCUCUUGCGCGGAUAUCUUGGCUAUAGCUGCUCGCGACUCCGUAGACAUUCUUGGAGGACCAGAGUGGGAUGUGAAACUUGGUAGAAGAGACUCAAAAACAGCGAGCUUUUCAGCUGCUAACAGUGGAGUAAUUCCGCCUCCAACUUCAACUCUUAGCAACCUCAUAAACCGGUUCCAAGCUAAGGGUCUAUCGGCUAAGGACAUGGUCGUGCUUUCCGGGGCACACACAAUAGGUGCGGCAAGAUGUGUCACAUUUAGAAACCGCAUAUACAAUGAAACCAACAUAGACUCAUCCUUUGCCAAGAAUAGGCAAAGAAAUUGCCCUGCCCCAGCAGGGUCCGGUGACAACAACCUAGCCGCUCUCGAUGUUACUACUCCAACCACGUUCGAUAACAAGUACUACAAUAAUCUUUUGUCGAAGAAGGGACUUCUUCACUCCGACCAAAUUCUCUACAACGGUGGCUCAACCGACUCUUUUGUUGAGGCUUACAGCAAGAAGCCCGAAGACUUUUCCGAGGAUUUCGUGAGUGCUAUCAUUAGGAUGGGAGACAUUGACGUUCUCACUGGAUCCAGCGGUGAAAUAAGGAGGAAUUGCAGAAAAGCGAAUUAAUCGGAAUGAAAUAAAAGAAUAAGUAAAUCAAUACAUUUCUUUGAAAUGGGUAGAUUUUUGUUUGUGUUUAUUACUCUUGAUCAUAUUUGUUUGGAUAAUUAUUUCCCUUAUUGUUUGUUCUUGUUUGUUAUUGUUGGUGUGGUGUGACAGAGAUUAUUGUUAUGAUUUGUAUAACUUAAUAAAAUAAAUUUCCUUUUCAUGAUAUAUUAUGGAAAUUAAGUUUCUC